GUAGAGUGUCUGUGUGAGACACCCGCGCAAAUGGCGGCUGCUGCUACUCCAUUCCUCCCUUCUCGGAUCUCUCUGUUUUUUGGAUCCAUAGGAGGUACCCUCUUCUUCUCUGUCUCCUCGCUCUUACCCAUUUCCGAGAAAAAGGAAGAAAUUCAUGCAGGGGAAAAUGUGGUGUUGGAUUCGUGAAGAUUGUGUUUAUGUAGAUAUUGUUUAUCGUUAGGGUUUUUGAAUUAACGAGCAGUCGUAAAGAGAGGAAAGCUAUGGCGUUUGGUAUAGCGGUGGUGUGAUCGAGGCGGAGAAAUUAGGUAUAAUCAGUUAUGUUUAAGAUAAUAAAACGGAGAAAGGGGAAAACCGAUGCGGGAGAGGCGGCAGUGUCGUCCGCCCCGGGGGCGCCGGACGUGACGGUUAAUCACGCCUCGCGCAUCGCUGAUGCGGUGGCGCAUCACGCCUCACGCGUCUCCGAAGUGCCGCAGCUGGUGUGUUUGGCGAACGCGCCGGCGGAUCCAAGCGUGGUGGAGGUCCUGCCGUUGCUAAAGGACGUCCCGGCGUCUGAACGCCACGCGUUGUUCGUCCGGAAGCUCCAGAUCUGCUGCGUCCAUUUCGAUUUCAUAGACGUGAUGAAGUACGCCAGGGAGAAGGAGAUCAAGCGGCAGACAGUGACGGAGCUGAUCGAUCUAGUUCACACGGGGUCGUGUAAAAUGAAUGAUCAAAUGCAGGAAGACUUGGUGAAGAUGAUAUCAAUCAACAUUUUCAGGAGCUUGCCCCCUGCUUCGUAUGAGUGUACUGGGGGGCAGAGUGGUGAUCCUGAGGAAGAUGACUUGUUCUUGGACCCGGGAUGGGCGCAUAUGCAGCUGGUGUAUGAAUUGCUUUUGAGAUAUGUCUUGUCUUCUGAUAUGGACACCAGGGUUGCUAAGCGAUUUCUCGACCACGCGUUUCUUGUCAAAUUCCUUGAUUUGUUUGAAACCGAGGAUCUAAGGGAACGAGAGUAUUUGAAGUCUAUUCUUCACUGUAUAUAUGGGAAGUUCAUGGUUCAUCGUCCGUUUAUAAGGAAGGCGAUAAACAACAUCCUCUACAGGUUCAUAUUUGAAACAGAAAGGCAUAAUGGGAUUGGGGAGCUGCUGGAGAUUAUUGGAAGUAUAAUAAAUGGGCUCGCGUUGCCAAUGAGAGAAGAGCAUAAGUUGUUCCUCGUUCGAGCCCUUAUUCCUCUCCACAAGCUCAAAUGCGUCACUGACUAUCAUCAUCAUUUGUCUUACUGCACUUCACUGUUUGUCGAGAAAGACUAUAGAUUUUCUUGUGUUGUCAUCAAGGGUCUGCUCAAGUACUGGCCUGUUUCGAAUUGUGGAAAGGAAGUUCUCUUUAUUGGCGAACUCGAAGAAAUCUUGGAGUGCACACAUCCUGCUGAGUUCCAGCGCUGCAUGGUUCCUCUUUUUGUCCAAAUUGGUCGAAGCCUCAAUAGCCCCAAUUUCCAGGUUGCAGAACGUGCUCUUUUCUUAUGGAACAAUGAACACAUAGUGGAAUUAAUUGCCCUGUAUCGACAUGUUAUUUUGCCCAUCAUCUUUACACCAUUGGAAAGGAACAUGCAGGAUCACUGGAACCAAGCGGUUCACGGGCUGACUUCCAAUGUCCAAAGAAUGUUCCAGGAGAUGGACACUGAGCUGUUUGAGGAGUGUCAAAGGAAGUUCGAGGAGACAGAAGCCAGUGCAGAAGCCGUGGAAGAGCAGCGCAAGCAAACAUGGAAGAGAAUAGAGUCUGCUGCAAAAGCGAGGAGGGGGGUUAAAACCGAACCGGAUUGCUCAAAAGUUUCUGCUUUCUAGCUUAAUUCAGCAAGCAGGAGUGCUGGCUGUAAUUUAUGAUCAACCACCCAGUUUUCUCAAAAGAGAAAACAGAUCCAGUCCUACUUUUUACUUCUUACUUAGCUCCAUAGCUUUAUAUACAGUUGAAGCUCAACAGUGGUAAUUUUACUUGUA